AUGUCCUCUCGUCCUUACGAACUCAUCGUCUUCGGUGCAACCGGUUUCACCGGAAAGUACACCUGCGAGCACAUUGUCUCGCAGCUUCCCACCGAUCUCAAAUGGGCCGUUGCUGGUCGCUCUGAGAGCAAGCUCCAGAGCCUCGUCCAAGAGCUCAAGUCUCUCAAUCCCGACCGUCUUGCUCCAGAGAUCGUAACUUCAGGACUCGACAAGCAGAGCGUCAACGAACUGGCAAAGAAGACCACUGUUUUAAUCAAUACUGUUGGUCCUUAUAUGCUGUAUGCUGAGCCAGUUGUCGAAGCUUGCGCUCAGAAUGGUACUCAUUACCUUGACGUCACUGGUGAAACCCCAUGGGUUCGCGAGAUGAUCAAGAAGUAUCACAGUACUGCUAAGGCCAACAAAGCCAUUAUCAUCCACCAAAUUGGUGUCGAGUCGGCUCCAGCAGAUUUGCUCUCCUGGUCGAUGGUGCAACAUGCCAGACGUACUCUCUCCGCUGGUAUCUCGGAACUGGUUUUCUCGGUCGCUGAUCUCAAGGGCCAACCUAGUGGCGGAACUCUAGCGACUGUCAUGAUGCUAUUUGACAAGUACAGUAUCUCUGAGACUACAGAGGCCAUGAAACCCUGGUCUCUCUGCCCAACAACUCCUCCUCGUAGCAGCCUGGAAGGCCCCACGCUAUUCCAGAGACUCUUUGGUGUCCGUCAAGUUCGCGACCUUGGGACACUGUCCACUAGUAUCCAGGGUGCUACCGACACUACUAUCGUCCACAGAAGUUGGGGUCUAUUCGAGAACGGUAACUUGUACGGUCCCAAGUUCCGCUUCAGCCCUUACAUGCACGUUCGCAACAUGUUUACUGGUAUCCUGGUCCACUUCGCAAUCGCCUUCGGCAUGAUUGCCUUGGUCUUGUCACCUAUCCGCUCAUUGUUGAAGCGCUUCGUGUUCCAACCUGGCGAGGGACCCUCAAGAGAAUCUUCACGCCGCGACAGAAUUGAAUACCGCGCCAUUGCGACUGUCGAUUCUGCCGAUCCUAACGACCCCAAGCGUAUUACCGGACGCAUGGCUUGGGACGGCAGUUUGUAUUACCUGACCGGCGUGUUUUUGGCAGAAGCAGCAAUCACAAUUCUCAGAGAUGAGACUCCUGCUGUUGGUAUGGGCGGUGGCUCAUUGACUCCGGCGGCUCUUGGCGCACCCUUCCUGGAGCGUCUGCAGAAGGCUGGAUUGAGAACCGACGUCAAGGUCAUGCCCUAG